AUGGCACGCUCCAUUCUGUCCCUCUGGCUGCUGGUAGCUGGGUUGGUUCCCCAUUCCUGUGACCAAGAGACACCACCAACAUCACUGAAUCAAAGAGUAUCACCAACACCAGGGAUUCACAGGGCACCACACCCCUUCUUCAACAACCAGAAAUUUGCCUUGAGUCUGUACAGACAGCUGCCGGCAACAGAAGGAGGCAAAAAUGUACUUCUUUCCCCGCUCGGCAUCAGUAUGCCCCUCACGCUGCUGGCCUUCCAGGAUAAGCCAGAUGUCCGCCACCUGGUCCUGCGGGAUCUGGGGUUCAGAUUCACCAAAGACCUGGACACUGAAGCGGCCUUGCACUAUGGGGAGCAGCUGGAUGCCCUGAUGCCCACCGAGAAGUGUGGGGUCCACACUGGCAGUUUGCUGUUUAUGGACAAGAGAGUACAACCGGAAAUGAGGUUCCUCAUGCAAGCCCAGCACUCCUACAACAGCGACGUCAUCCUGGUCUCCUUAGGGGACUAUGAGUUAGCUCAGAAGCAGAUAAACUCGGCCAUUCGUGACAGGACCCACGGGAAAGUGAAGAGGCUGCUGAGGGACCUGAAGCCACUAUCUAACUUGUUGCUGGCCAAUUACAACUUCUUUAAUGGAGAAUGGAAAUAUCGCUUUAACCCGAAGCUCACAGAAAUGGGGUACUUCUCGGUAGGCGAGGGGGUCCGGACCGUGGUACCCAUGAUGCAGCGGGUAGGCUGGUUCCACUUGCAGCAUUUCGCCCACCUGCACAGCCAUGUGCUCCAGAUGCCCUAUACCUGCAACAUCUCAGGAGUCUUCAUUCUCCCGGAUGAGGGGAGAUUAGAAGACUGUGAGAACGCGGUGAUGAAGGAGAGCUUUGACACGUGGACCCAGCCCUUACCACGGAGACGAUGGCUGUUUUUCCCCAAAUUCUCCAUUCCUGUUUCUCUUCAUAUGGAGAAUUUCAAGUAUGCUACCAGCAAACUUAAAUUGUUCUAUGAACACAUGGACCUCACGGGAAUCACCAUGAAAAGGACACCCAUGAGGGUCACCACGGCAGUGCACAGGUCGGAGCUGACCGUGAAUGAGGACGGAGCAGAAGAAGAAGACAUCUCCAGCUUCCAGUCCAUUCCCAAGCCACCCAUCCAUUCCCUCCACUUCAAUAGACCCUUCAUAAUGUUAAUCCUGGAGGGGGCUGGCCACAACCUUCUCUUCAUGGGGAAGGUGAUAAACCCUAUUAGUGCCUGA